AUGCAUCUGAACAUAACUUUAGAGGAGAUGGUAGAAAAAUUUUGGGAGACAGAGAGAUUAGAGUCAGAGGAAAACGACACUCUCACCCCACAAGAACUUAGAGCUGAGAAAAUAUAUCAAGAAACUGUAACUAGAGAUGUUGAUGGAAGAUACGUUGUGGCACUUCCCUUUAAAAGCGACAAACCUAUUUUACCUGAGAAUUCGAGAGAAAUUGCACUGAGAAGAUUCAUGAGCACUGAGAGAAGAUUAGAAGCAAACAAAAAAUUGAGAGAAGCCUACAACGAGGUCAUGAGAGAGUACAUAACACUUCAACAUAUGGAAUUGAUCGAACGAGAUGAGUCUGUUAAAGAAACUGACAAACAAGUAUAUUUGUCACAUCACCCUGUGAUCCGUGAAGAUAGAGAAACUACCAAGUAUCGCAUAGUCUAUGACGCUUCAUGCAAAGGAAGCAACGGAGUGAGCCUCAACUCAGAACUGCUACGUCGGACGGCGCCUCCUGGACGCCGCGGGCCGGCCGCGCCCGCCGCGUGCCGCUGCGGGGGCCGCGCCGCCAGCCAGCCGCGCGCGCGCGCCGCGCCGCCGCCGCCGCCGCCGCCGCCGCCGGCAGGCAUGCGCGCCAGCAGCGACGGAUUUUCACGAUCAUCACAUCAGAAUGUGCCAUUUGGCAGGAAAUAUAACAAGAAAUGUGAAUAUUGUGGUCGUGUGCAUGAUAGAUUUAAAUGUCCGGCGUAUGGCCAGCGAUGUACCAGAUGCAAUAAGGCAAAUCAUUUUGCUAGGAUGUGCCGCGUGUAUAUGGUGCAGGAGAACUCCACCGAUCAGGUGAGUCGCAAAAGUUGGUAUGAAGAUAUUUUGAUAGGUAAUACUGCUGUGUCAUUCAAACUGGAUACUGGAGCUGACGUAAACGUUUUGCCUCAUAGGUUUCUAUCAAGAAUAGGUAUUAAGGACGUUGAAUUGAUACAAACGCGUACUAAGUUAACGGGAUACUCGGGGGAUCCGAUUAGGGUGGUCGGUAAAGCGAUGCUAAAGGUUGUGUGCAGGGGAAAUGCGUACUUAUUGAAAUGUAUUAUUGCUGACGUAGACUCGUCGCCGGUAUUAGGUCGAAUCGCGUGUGAAGAGAUGAAUCUCGUUAAACGAGUAAAUAGCCUAGAGUCAUCGGUGACCGCGAGCAGUGCGGAAAUAUUGAACGAUUUUGAGGAUGUAUUCAUAGGGAUGGGCUGUUUACCAGGCGAGUAUAAGAUAAGAUUGAGGGAGGACGCGCGCCCGGUCGUACACGCGCCACGUAAAUUACCUAUUGCAUUACGCGAUAGUGUUAAAAAGAAACUUGACGAGAUGUUACAGCAAGGCGUCGUAGCGAAAGUCGAAGGACCCACGGACUGGGUUAAUAGUAUGACGGUUGUAAAAAAGGCAAAUGGCGAUCUACGUAUCUGUUUGGAUCCGCGUGAUCUUAAUAAAGCUAUCCGUAGGGAGCAUUUUAAAUUACCUACUUUAGACGAGAUUACCGCGAGGUUAGCAGGCGCCAAGUACUUUAGCACGUUAGAUGCCAAAGCAAGUAUGUGGAGGUUAUAAAAUUACGAUCGCUUACGUCGGUUCAUGUGAUCAACCAUUUAAAAAAUAUAUUUUAUAGGGAGGGAAUACCGGAUAUCGUGUUUUCGGAUAAUGGGCCGGAAUUUUCAUCGUUAUUAUUUCAGAGUUUUAGUAAAGAGUGGGGCUUUGAGCAUCAUACGUCAUCACCUAGAUAUUCACAGUCCAACGGGCAAAUUGAACGGGCCAUUCAGACCAUAAAAUCAAUACUACGCAAGACCACAGAAGACUCCUCGGACUUUAGACUUGCUCUUUUAAAUUAUUUAAAUACACCCAUUAGUGACAAAUUACCGUCUCCGGCAGAAAUUCUAAAAAAUAGGAAGCUACGAAGUCAUUUACCUUGUCUGCCUGAACGACUCUUACCUAAACCCAUAGAUAACAGUCAAAUUCAUCGGGAAUUACAAAACCGUCAAUUGUCACAAAAACAAUUUUAUGACAGGGGGAGUAAAAAUCUAAGACCGUUAGAAUCUGGCUCGUUAGUUAAAGUUCGUAAUAAUGGUAGGUGGUGUAACGGUGAAAUCAUAACAUUAGUAGGUCCUAGAUCGUACUCAGUAAAACUGCAAACGGGCAGGAUAAUACGACGAAAUCG